AUGGCGCUAACAGUUGUGGACGCGCGUUUCGUAUUUCUUGUGUUUUAUCUGACGGGGAAGACGUCCCAGCAGAGCUGCCCCGCUAGCGUCAGCUCCGAACAAGGCGUCGCCCUUCUGGGUUAUACGUUUGAGUCCCGUUUUGCAAGUCAUUUUUGGGAGUGUAUUAGAAGUUGCAUUGAAGAACGACAGUGCUGGAGUGUCAACUAUCACUUGAGCUCUCGCCUGUGUGACCUUAACAGCGAAACCAAAGAAAGGCAGCCUUUGAAACUCGCAAGAAGGGAUUUGUCCGUUUACUUGAGUGAUAGAAAAGCCGGAGAUUGGAAAGGAGUUGUGCGCUCGUGCAAAGACUUGCGGGAUCUCGCAGGUAACGCGGACCCCACGACAGGGGAGUAUUGGAUCGAUCCGGAGGCUGACAGGAGACUUCUGAGGGUUUACUGUGACAUGAAAACUAAUGGAGGUGGGUGGACCUUGGUAACUCGAAAUGAGCCAUUAAAAAGAAGUCUAGUGACUACCUCUUAUGCUGACUACCGCUACAUAAGCACUGAGAAGUUAGGGACCGUGUUAGUUACAAGUCCAGCGGUACAAAAGCUAAAAUCUUUUAUCGGCUUCACUCAGCUUCGGUGGCGAUGCCGCAAGCAGUCCGUCGGUCGCACCAUCGACAUCAUGACGGCCAAUAACAGCUCAGGAGCCCGAGUCCUGGUCCACUUCCUGGACGGGGUUACGUUUCCGGACGCGUGCGGUUCGUUUGUCCGACUGACGGAAGAUGACUCCAUCCUGACCCGGAACUGCGCCAAGUGGGGCAGCAAUGGUACCUUACCCGAGGGGGAGUGGGGAAAGUACGGCCUGCACCGCCACUUAAGACUUUACAACUAUCCAUUUUUCUGGUCUGGACAUUUCACCUUUUCUUGUAUAAAUUCCUUCUGGUACUGUGACGAUGCUGGGAGUGACCAGAACGCUAACGAUUUCUGGGAAUUGUACGUCCGUUGAUAACGUGUUUACACGUACAUUUUUGUCAUUUAAACAAUAUUUACUUACAAUUAUCCCAAGAGUUAUAGGAGCUCAUCGAGGGGACUUUUGUUUUUAGUUUUACAGACUAUACACUAAAGGUCGAACACGUAAUUUUUUGUAACAAAGUAGUCAAAUGCAAUCUUGUAUAACCGGUAAAAAGUGAGAAAACAGACAGGAUUUGUUGAGAGGGGAGGGGGGGUGCAAAGGCGUGAAUGUCAUGUGUAAAAAAAACUCUGGCAAGCUUUUAAAAAAUAUCUCCCCUUCCAUUUCAAAGCAAAUUGUAUGUAAAUAUCAUUUAGUGGUGUUGCUGAAUACAUUAGAAAAUAACUCCGAUUUUAUGAUCAAAUCUUGUAACCCUAGCAUCGACUUCCUAUUUGCUUAACAUAGGAUCAAGGCAGUUUUGAUCGUGAAAUUAUUUUCUUCUCUUGAAAACGCCCCUUGAGGUACGUCGCUUCUGAUCUUAUUAAUACAAAUAAAGAAUGUGUGUAAAAUUUAUCCCUAGAUUUAUUGAUAUUUUUCUGAACUCGUAAGAAAAUGGACGAGAUUCAUGGCAUCUCGCAAUGCGACGCACGCUACCGUGGCCACCUUGACAUGCGAGAAACGUGCUUUUUAAUUGAAAUCAAUUUCACUAA